AUGACCGACUCGUCCGAGUCCGAUGUCCCUUCGUCCGUUCGUCCUUCCAUGCCCUUCCCGUCCUGCCAAUCCGAAUGCCUCGCCGAAGGGUUGACCACCGCACCCAACGAGGGCGGAGGUUCCUGGAAUGAUGGCGCCCAAAAAACCGCCAUUGAGCGUCUUGUCACCCUCAAGCAGGGGUUGAGGGCCGACACCGUCAUGUUUUGGGACCGUCUUAUGGAACACCUCACAUUGAUUGGAAAAGCGCAAUAUGCCUUCGUGGCUCGCCGCGCACACGGUGGUCCGAUGGCCGAGUUAAACGGGCGGAACCCGUCUGCUUUUUGCGCUGCUUUUUACUGGAAUGAUGGCUAUCAGAAUGUUGGACUGCUUAGAAACCGGUAUUUCUCAGGGGGCAAUCCCCUCUUGCAUAUGGACCAUGAGCGUCCGUGUUUGAUACCUGGGAACCUCACUUCUACGGUGUCUUUUGGUGAUGACAAGCUGCCUUUUCCUGCUGAUGCCUAUCUGGCUAUCCCACUCAUUUCGGAUGGCAAAUGCCUAGCAUACCUCGGCUUGAUGUGGUCUCCAGAUGGCAAUCGAAAUCGAACCUUGUCGUGGUCUUUUCUGGAGUUGGUUUUGCAUUCACUGGACGAUACUAUCGUCUAUCGGCUGUUACAAGACCAUGCAUUCACUGAGCCCCAGAUUGUCGCACCUCUGACAGUCAAUACAUCGGCCACCCAAAGUUCACACGCCUCCCCCACAGAUGACGAGCUUGGUUUCACAGCUCAUAUGCUUAAGCCGUAUGCCCGCAGUUUAUCCCACGAGCUACGGACUCCCAUGCAAGGAGUGGUGGGAAUGCUUGAUAUCAUGCACGCUACAGUACGGAAGGCCUCAGAGGGCAAGAAACCUAUAAAGUCCGAGAAAGUUUUCAAGCUUCUCAAGGACGGCAUUGAAAUGAUUCAGGACAGCGUGAGACGUGCGAUCGAAGCUGCUGAUAAUAUUGUUCAUGCAUAUGAUCUCAACAUGCAGGUGCCCAAAACACCACAGCGGGAAAAAGGUCCUAGCUUCCCGGAUGAUUUCUUCCCUUCGGCUGAAUCGACUGAAUCGACUGAAUCGACCGAAUCGACUGAAUCGACCGAAAAUCGACCGAAUAUCUUCAUCGAAGGAAAUAACAUCGCCGUGAAUCAUUAUAAAAAGAGACGGCGAAGCCUUCCCCACAAUAGGGCUUCCAGUCCCCCUCGAAAGCAAAGAGUCAGAGCAUCAACUAUUCGACAAGAUAUUCGACAAGAGCUCUCGCCUCGGAGCGAAGAGGUCAAAAAUGUCGUUCAUGAAAGUGAAAAAAUAGUUCACGCCACCCCAGCUCGCCAGGUUGAAGCUGACAUGACUGACAUGACUGACAUGGAUUACCAAUCUACUUCGAUCUCCUCACGACGAUCUGCGCCUCGUAUGCUCCUGGAAGGUAUCAACUUGAACAUGAAGGGUACAGCCCUACGUUUUACGAAGCUGCGAGAUCUUCUUCGGCUGGUUAUUAAUGAAUCCCUUCAUGUGGGUGGCCGACCCGAAUCAGCUACAAGCAACGCAACCGAUCUGGGUGAAAGGAUAGAGGUCAGGACUCGAUCUUCUAAUGGAGAUGUUGUGACGAAGAUCGUGGAUUGGUCGGUUGAUCCAGCGCUACCCGAUUCUCUCCUUGUCGAUGACCGCGACCUGGCUAAAUUGAUUUCUUGCGUAUUUCUUAAUGCCAUAAAGUUCACGAACAACGGCACUAUUACCGUUUGUGCAACUGUUGAUCCCAAGUCGAAUGACAUUUUGAUCCUUGUGCGCGAUACUGGCCCUGGAAUUCCUCCGGCAUUCUUCCCAAAUCUCUUCAAGCCCUUUGCGCGUGAAGAUACGUCGACCACACGAAGAAAAGAUGGGCUAGGGCUUGGUCUUCUCGUAGCCAAGGGCCUGUCACGCAAGAUGGGAGGUGAUCUUGUUUGUGUUCGGUCCUCUACUACUGGCCCCGAUCGUGGCUCGGAUUUCCAGAUUCGAGUCCCAGUGAACCAGCGCGACACUCACAAUAACCCUGGAACCCCUAAUGAAAGACUCAGCACUCCACCGAUAUUCGGUAGCCACUCCCGACAUGGAAGCGCUAGCAGUUUCAGCUGGGAGCCCUCAUUAUUAGCCUCCCCUAUUAUUACACAAAACAAUCAGCUUCAAGAAACGUCACCAAGCACACGUGGUGAAAAAUUGUCCAAGAGCCCAACGCCCCCAAGGGUCCUGCAGCAAUUCCAACCCAAUCAAUUGCCGAUACCCAGAGACACAAAUGACAAGAGGAAGCUUGGAGAGAAGUAUCCACUGAGGUUCCUUGUUGCAGAAGAUAACAGAAUCAAUCGCCGUGUAUUGGUUAACAUGCUACGAAAAUUGGGAUAUCGAGACGUCCUCGAAGCAGCCGAUGGUCAAGAGGCCGUUCAAAUUGUCCAGGAGAUCAUUAUCUCAUUAACCUCGGCUGGUAAGCCUAAUACAUCUUUCCAAACAGAAAACGCCGUGAAGCCAGUUGAUGUGGUGUUGAUGGAUCUUUGGAUGCCGAUAAUGGAUGGUUAUGAAGCAACUUCUCGCAUUUUCCAGAUGAUCGAUGAACACCACGGCAAGCUCUCGGGAUCUGCUGGCGUCUUUCCUCAAAUAGACCCCCGAAGUCCUGACAGGAUGGCCAUCGACACACACCCAGAUACCGCUCUUCCAAAGCCACCCACAGUUCUGGCUGUAAGCGCGGAUGUUAGCGACGAGGCAUUGAAUCGCGCCUCUAAAGUGGGAAUUAAAGGCUACAUGACCAAGCCAUAUAAACUAAUGGACCUGGAACGAUUGAUUGUCGAAUUUUGCGGUCAUAAUAUGCACUAG